GCGCAGAAAGCAAGCAUUGAGAGUCAUUCCAUUGAAAUUACGGUUGUUGUGAGUGCAUAUACCCUUUAUUAGCCCUGACACGGCAGCACAGUCCCUCUUGAAACAAAAGUGCCGCCAGGGACACGCGUCCAUGACGGAUCGCGCGAAUAGCGGCGUCCGAAACCUCCGGGCCAUGUUCGAGAACCAGGGCGGUCCUUCGUCUGCCUCUCCUGAACCCCGCGGCCGCUCGCCAGCAGGCAGUGCCAGCGACGGCGCCAGCCGUCCAACGUCCAAAGUCAGAGCAUCGUUUGUGUCUGUAGAAUCGAGCGGCCAUGCUUCCAAGGAGCUGGGCACAACCAAAGGCGUCAGCGUCAACAGCCUCAAUGCUCACCGCCGCGAAAGCUUCAGCGUAACCGACUCUGCACAAGAUGUACGGGCGGAAUUCAAGAACUCUAUCAGCGAAGGAAAGGACCAGCAAGAUCCUAGCGCUGUUUCUGUUGAAGCGGUUCCAGAGCAGGCUGUUGAUACGCGGGAGUCUUCAAUGCCACCGCCGCCAAUCCGUGCAAAACCGGAUGGAACAACGACUUUGGGAGGAAUCAUGAAGGGCUCCGACUUUCCCAAGUCCGCUACAGGAGAGAAGCUAGACUCCAGAGAUACGCCUCCUGAUAACCCAGACAAGCCAGUUUCCGGGGCUCAAGAAGACGUUACGCUGAAGCCUGCCGAUCCCACAAGCGCUGCUGCCGUGUCUGGCGGAGAUGCUCUUCCUCCUCCGGCUGAGUCUUUGAAGCCUGUCACACCCAAGGCUAACACGACCGCCAAACCAAAGACGAAUGGUGCACGUUCUACUCCUAGUCAACCUGCUGGAAAGAAACCCGCGUCCAUAUCGACGGCCAAAGCUUCUGCCAGUAAGCCUGCUUUGUCGAAAAGCCCGCUACCAAAAUCGCCCGGGGUACCAAGGGCAGCGCCAAAGACACCUGCAACGAACUCGAAGCCUACAUCUUCUACAUCCACCGCGAAAUCCCCUGCGCCUACAAAGGCGACAACUAAGGCCAAAGAGCCGGUCAAGACUACAAUCCCUUCCGCAAGAACCGGUCAGAGCUCUCUCAGAGCAUCGACUGCUACUGCAGGAACGACAGCAAGUUCUGCUGCUAGAUCAAAAGCACCAGUGACUGAGACUAGGAAAGCGGUCACUCCAAAGCCUGCAAGCUCUGCUCCAGCUGCCAAAGAGCCAACCACCACUUCUCCUGGGGGGUUCAAGAAACCCAGACCAAAGUCGCCUACACGCCCCGUACGAUUGCCGUCCCAUCUGACUGCUCCCACGGCAUCUUCAGCAGCCAAAACCGGAGAGGAGGCCGCUGCUCAGAAAGUUGUUCGCAAGCCAUCCACGGUGUCACGACCAGCCCCUAAAGCUGCGGCACCACCCGCAAGGAAACAGCCCUCACGUGCAUCAUUGGCUCCCGCCACUACCACCACGCGACCCGAAUCGCGCACUUCUACCAAAGGAGCCCCGGAUGAGAGCUUUCUGUCCAGAAUGAUGAGACCCACAACUGCCAGUGCCAGUAAAACAAGUGACAAAGACAAGGUCGCAUCUCCACCACGGAAGACCGCCUCUAAAGCUCCCGCCAAACCGAAAGCUCACGAAAGUGUCCUGACAAAGGGCAAGAAGAAGGUGGAAGAGGCUGCUGCUAAGACCAAAGCUGCCGUUACCAGCAGUCACUCGAAAGAGAAGGAUUCAGACACAACGUCUGCGCCAGCAAAAUCCACGGACAGUGAGCCUGUCGCAGUGGAAGCCAGCGAUGACAGCCAUGAGGAAAAUGCUGGAGCUGAAACUAGUGCCUCGAACCACAAAGAACAUAUCGACACUGAAGCAGGCGCAGCUGCUCCUGGAUCUCUCUCGGAGCCGGAUCAAGAGCCAGAGGUUUCUCCAGCCCCUACCGCCGACAAUGAUUCUGUAGUUGCGCCUGUUGAUGCGCCUGCUAGCGAAGCAAACCUUGCCGAGCCAGAAGUAGUGUCUGAGGCCGAUACGAACCCAGUCGAGCAGCCAGAACCUUCGGAAGAGCCAGUGACAGUCGAGCAAUCCAAGGUCGAAGAGGAGCCCGCUGUGACUGAGCAACCAGAAAUCAAGGAAGAGCUCACUGCAGUCGAACAACCAGAGAUCAAGGAAGAGAUCGCCGCGGUUGAGCAACCAGAGAUGAAAGAAGAUAUUGCUGCGGUUGAACAGCCAGAUAUUGUGGAGGAACAUGUCCCAAGUGAGCAACUAGAAGGGGCCAAAGAAGCGCCUGUUUCAAUUGAGGUGCCUGGAGAAGUCAAGGACGAGUCUAUUCCAACUGAGCAACCAGAAGUCAAGGGCGCGCCUACUGCCGUUGAGCUACCAGAGGCCGAGAAAGAGCCCGUUGCGAUUGAACAACUGGAUCCCAAGGAACACUCUGCCGUUGAACAACUCGAAACGUCGCAAGAUCUUGCUGCAAAUGUGCAGUCAGAUGCUUCUAAAGCCCCGGCUGCAGUUGAGCAGCCAGAAGCCCCAAAAGAACCUGCUGCAGCCAAACUAUCAGCAGCCACUUUGGAAUCUGACACAGAGGAGCUAUAA